AUGCAUGAAUACUGGUUUGAAAAGAAUCAAGAGCCGGGGCUGCGAAGUCGUCUAGAAAAUAUAUUAUCUGCUCCUUUUGAUAAAAUAUCAUACACGGAUGCGGUGUCUCUACUUCAGAAAGAAGAAGCUGAAGGUCGUGUAACAUUUUCAGAAAAAGUGCAAUGGGGUAUGGAUUUGGGUAGUGAGCACGAGAGACAUUUGACAGAACAAGUAGCAAAGAAACCCGUUAUUGUAUAUGAUUAUCCUAAAGAUAUAAAGGCAUUUUAUAUGAAGUUAAAUGCAGACGGAAGGACAGUAAGAGCAAUGGAUGUAUUAGUGCCCAAGAUAGGAGAGUUAAUUGGAGGGAGUCAAAGAGAAGAAGAUCUCAGUAAACUUGAUAGCAUGAUUAGAGAAAAGAAUCUUAACUUAGAUAACUAUUGGUGGUAUAGAGAGCUUCGUCAAUACGGUACAGUACCGCAUGCAGGGUUUGGGUUAGGCUUUGAACGUCUUAUUAUGCUUCUAACAGGGAUUGAAAAUAUCAGAGAUACAAUUCCUUAUCCUCGUUACCCCGGCCACGCUGAAUUCUAA